AUGGCAUCUUUGACGUUGUUCCCUUUCCUCUUUUCUGCAUUUCUUUCAUUGAUAUUUUCCAUUGAUUAUCAUCAUUUCGGGGUUAUUGCCCAAUCUCAAAAGAACAUCAAUCUCGUCCUCCUCGCCAAACUCAAUUUCCCGAUUAAUGUAACUUCCUCGGGUUCUUUUUCUUUUGAUCUACUAGGUCGAGGUCCUUACGCUGGAACUCGAGACGGUCGAAUUCUUUUCUACUCGUACCUCACAAAUUCCUUCAAGGAUUUUUCCUACACUUCUCCAAACAGGACCAAGGCAGUCUGUGAUGGCACAACACCGUUCGAUAGGUCCGCGACAUGCGGAUACACCACCGGACUGAAUGUGACACCUCCGUUCAAAUUGAGUUUUCAACCUGUUUCACAAACUCUCUAUGCCUGUGAUGCAUAUAUUGGACUCACCGUCCUUGGAUUUCUUGGAGGCCAAGCUACUACACUCGUUCGCAACUCCGAUAGCUCGCCACCCUUUCGCUUCCUUAACAGCGUCGACGUCGGUUUCGAUCGCAUUGUUAACUUCACAGACGCAAGUGCAGUUUUUGAUUAUAAUCCAAUUACACGACAAUUGACAACCCUACAAUCAAAUCUCGGGAGAGCAGUUGGCGUGGUGGUCAGUCCUGAUAACUCAUUCGUUCUAGUUGUUCUAGUUGCGGAGAACAAUAAAAAUAAGAUCCUGAAAUAUUGGCUAAGGGGAACAAACGCUGGAACUUCACAAAUUUUUUUAACGUUUCAAGGAAGCCCUAACAAGAUCAAGAGGAACCAAGAAGGGAAUUUCUGGGUUGCGAUCAAUAGGUUAAAUGUAAAUGGUACUAAUACACCACAAGGGGUGAAGUUUAGUCCUUCGGGAGAAAUUCUUGCUACUGUUGAUCUCAGUGGAGAAUACCAAAGGCGUAUUAACAGAGUCCUGGAACAAGACAUAAAACAAUCGGCACCAGUCUUCCGUGGAUCUGAACCCUUCUCUUCAUCAUCUUGCGAAAAGGUUAGAACAAUGGCUUCAAUGCAAACCGAUGACGCUCAGUUAAGGAUUGCAAGGAUUGAGGAUUUCCAAUACAUGGGUGAUAUCCCUGAGGGUGCGGGCAUACAUGAUUACCCUCAGUAUGAGAAGGGAACCUCAGCAUUGGCUUUUAUUUUCAGCAAAGAAGGUGGGGUCCUUGUAGCUGUUGAUCAUCCCAACCUGUCAUCUGGCAAUUAUCCCAACAAUGUUCUGUUACUCAAUUUGCACCUGCUCGCUGCCUUUUCCGGUGGGAGCGAACAUUCUCGCAGUUAUUUGCUCAAUCAGCUGCCAAGACAGUGUCACGACUUUGAACUCAUCGAGGGGAGAAAAGCUUCUGCUGCGGAAGCAUCAAAGUGGCUGGCUGACUUUCUAUCUCUUCAUCCUGACAGCGACAAGGGCUUGUCACUGGGAAUACUGAUUGCUGCGUGGGAUAAUGAAUCGGGGCCUUCCCUGUUUAAAGUAGACGGUAAUGGGAAACUUCUUGAAAGACAGUUAUUUGGAACUGGUUCUGCCUCGGCUGCUGAAGUGCUAGUUAUUGAAGAGAUCUAUGGUCGCAGUGUGACCCUGGCUCACGCUACGAAUUUGGCCAAAUUGGCACUUUGUAUGGGUACAUAUACUGCGCCUGAAUUUGCUGAGCGUAUCAGUGUUUUCCAUGUUGGAAGUGCUGGCGUUACUGUGGUGGUAUCUAAUGAGGAUAUAGAAGAAUAUCAAAAGCAAUACUACAACAAAUCUGGGAGUGUGUGGCAGGAUCCCAAGUCCAGAAAAUUUUACCCCCACUUUAUGGUUUAG